UUUCGCACUGUUUAUACGAUCUAACCUUACCCAGUGGCAAACAAAAAACCACUAGUUGAGCCAAUAAGAGCUACAAAACACCGUCAAACAUUCCAAUUUCAAACAGGAAUGACCAUGAAAGUUUGGAAAAAAUGAGAAAUUUGCGCUGCAAAACCAGAUGGGUAAUUUAUAUACUAUAUUUGAUCAUCAUAUGCGCUAUUAUUAGACAAAUAUUGUUAGUAAGACAAAAUAAAACCGACAAUCAUGAAGAAGAGACUUCAAUUCCAAGCACAACCGAUAUUUACAAAGCGAAAAACGAUAAAUAUGAACAGUUGAUUUUAAAUUACAUGAAAGGUAUUAUUCAUGGACUGGGUGAAUAUGGUAAACCUGCAUAUUUAACUGGUAGAAGUAAAAUGAAAGGAAAAGAAUCUCUAAAGAAAAAAGCUAUUAAUAUUGUACUCUCCAACAAAAUUUCCUUGCAAAGGAAAUUACCUGAUGUGAGAGAUCCAUUAUGCAAAAAUGUCACUUAUGAUACUUCACUACCAAGUACAAGUGUAAUAAUAAUUUUUCACAAUGAAGCAUUUAGUGUCCUCUUACGUACAGUAUAUAGUGUUCUCAAAAGAACCCCAUCUAAACUCCUAAAAGAAAUUAUUUUAGUUGAUGAUAAAAGCAAUGAAGAAGAACUUCUUGGCUUGUUGGACUAUUAUAUUGAAACCAGACUACCCAAAAAAGUAAAACUAAUUAGACUGAAAGAGCGACAAGGAUUGGUGCGAGCUAGACUAAAAGGAGCAAAAAGUGCUACUGGAGAAGUAUUAAUGUUCCUGGAUGCUCAUUGUGAAGUUAUACAACAGUGGUUGGAACCAUUGCUACAACGUAUUAAAGAAAAGCCAAAUGCAGUUGUUACACCUAUUAUAGAUAAUAUUUCUGAAGAAACCUUUGAAUACUCACAUAAUGAUGAGCCAUCAUUUUUCCAAGUUGGAGGGUUCACAUGGUCUGGACAUUUUACAUGGAUAAAUAUACAAGAUGUUGAUUUAAAAUUAAAAUCAUCGCCCAUAUCACCAGUUAGAUCUCCAACAAUGGCUGGUGGACUAUUUGCAAUUAGUAGACGAUAUUUUUGGGAGAUAGGAAGUUAUGAUGAUAAAAUGGAAGGAUGGGGAGGAGAAAAUCUUGAAAUGUCAUUUCGAAUUUGGCAGUGUGGUGGAAUACUUGAAACCAUACCCUGCUCUAGAGUAGGACAUGUUUUUAGAAACUUUUUGCCAUACAAGUUUCCAUUUGAUAAAGAUACUCAUGGUAUAAAUACAGCUAGAUUAGCAAAUGUAUGGAUGGAUGAUUAUAAGAGAUUAUACUAUUUACAUCGAGAAGAAUAUAAAGAUAAAUUAAAAUUAAUUGGUGACACAAAAGAUCGGGUAAAGUUAAGAGAACGUUUAAAAUGUAAAAGUUUUAAAUGGUACUUAGAUAAUAUUUAUCCAGAAAAAUUUAUACCGGAUGAAAAUGUACAAGCAUUUGGAAAAGUUAAAGUUCAAUCAAAGAACUUAUGUUUAGAUAAUUUACAACGUGAUGAAGAGAAACCAUACAAUUUAGGAGUAUAUGAAUGUCAUGCAGAACUUUUUCCAAGUCAGUAUUUUUCUAUGAGUAAAAACGGCGAGCUUCGAAGAGAAGACACAUGUGCUACUGUUGUUGAACAUGCAAAAUUGAAAGAUGUUUUUAAAGUUAAUAUGAAAGCUUGUGAUGAAAUUGACGACGACAAAGAAUGGACUUUGACUGAGGAUGGAAAAAUCAUACACUUGAGAACUGGUUUAUGCCUCGAUGCUUCUGGUCUGAAUUCUAAAGAUGAUGUUUUAGCUUCAACUUGUUCUGAUUCUUCAGCACAAUUUUGGAGUUUUGAAUUUUAUGGUGAUAGAAUCAAUCCAAGAUGAAAUCGAGUGAUUGAAUAUU